AGGCGGGAAAACAUGAGGGGAAGGGAGGUGAGGAGCUGAAAAAGCUGCAGAAGGUGAGAGGGGGGACAAAAAGGGACACUGGAGGAAUAGGAGAGUGAAAAAAGGGUGAAAAGGGAUAAGAAAGAGGGGGGAGGUGACAGAAAAUGGAGGUGAGAGGGGACAGAACUGGAGAGAGGGGAGACAGAGACAGAAGGGGCAGAGGAGGCAGGAACUGGAGGAAGGAGGUGACAGAAAUGAGGAGAACCGGGAGAAAAGAGGGGAAAAGGGAGAGCAGAGGGAGGGAAGAGGGGCAGAAAUGGUGAAACGUGAGAGAAAAUGGGGCUGAGGGUGGGCAAGGGUGGACAAAGAGGGGGACAAGGGGACAGCCCAGCGCCCACUGCCACCAUCCCAUGGCCCCACCAUGGCUCCCCCCAUAGUCCCCCAUGUUCCCCAAUGUCCCCUCCAUGUUCCUGUGUCCCCCCAUGUGCCCCCGGGUUCCUCUGUGUUCCCUCCAUGUCCCUGUGUCCCUCCACAUUCCCAAUGUCUCCCCAUGUCCCCCCGUGUGCCCCUGUGUUCCCUCAAUGUUGUCCCAUGUCCUCCAAUGUCCCCCCGUGUGCCCCCAUGUCCCCCCAGGCUGCAGCGAUGGACACGGACCCGCGCAGUGAGGGGCUCUGUGGCCGGGACCCCCCGAGACCCCCGUGUGUCUCUGUGUCCCCCCGCCCCAGGGACAAGGGGUCCCAGAGUGUCCCCGAGGGAUACGUUGUCCCUGUGUCUCGCCCAGUUCCCCCCAGAUCCCCCAGGGGGGGUCCCACGGCUCGAGAUGCUGCUGAGACGGAUCCACAGCCUGCAGAGCGCCCGUCAGGCCACGGAGAAGGAGCUGGAGGAGGCACAAGGCCACAGUGAGGGGCUGCGCCAGCACGUGGAGCAGUUGGAGCAGCACGAGGAAGCACUGGAGGGGCUCUGGCAGCAGGUGCAGGACUCCCUGCGGGCGGUGCGGCUGCACGGGAAGCAGGUGGAGGCUGAAGGUCAGAGGCGCCGGGGGCUCUGCCUGGAGCAGCAGCAGGGCCUGGAGGGGGCAGGGGAACAGCGGGAGCAGCUCCGGCACCUGCGCCGGGAACACAGGUGGGAGUUCUGGCAGGAGCUCGACGCCAUCAUAGACGAGCACAAGCGCCUGCGCAACACGCACGCCCCGGCCCACCUGGAGGCUGAGCUGGUGCGACUGGAGAGCACACGGGAGAAGCUGCUGAGCCUGGAGCGGUGCCUGAUGGAGCUGGAGGAGCAGCUGGGCCCAGAAGGCCUCGAGGCCGUGCGAUUGGUGGAGCAGGAGCAGGAGGGGGCGCGGCAGCAGCUGGAGGUGGAGCUGGGCCGGCGGGAGCUGGACCUUCAGCGACGGGACAGGCUGGCAGAGGAGCUGCAGCAGCUGCAGCUGCCCUGGGAGGAGUGACAGAAGAAGAGACAGGAGGGACCUGCGGGACACCUGGGCACCUGUGUGGCAGCUGUGUGUCACUUGUGUCACCUGUGAGGCACCUGUGUGGUACCUACAGGACAGCUGUGUCACCUGUGUGCCACUUGUGUGUCACCUGUGCCACCUGCACGUCAACUGUGAGGCAGCCGUGUGACCUGUGGGACACCUGUGCCAGCUGCGUGUCACCCGUCACCUGUGUCCCCCCAUGUCCUCGUGUCCCCUCAAUCCCUCAUUGUCCCCCUCCAUGUCCCCCAUAUCCCAAUGUCCUUCCAUGUCCCCCCCACAUCCCCGUGUCCCCAAUGUCCCCAACAUCCCCCGCCGUGUCCCUCCAUGUCCCUCCAUGUCUCCCGAUGUCCCUGUGUCCCCAUUUCCCCUCAUGUCCCAAAUUGCCCCCAUGUCCCCAA